AUGAGGUUAACCACAAAAGGAGCAGAGUCAGGUGUGCUCCUGUUGGUCUCCUCCUGCCGGCAGGUUCUGGUGCAGCCUGGAGCUGGACAGUCUUCGCCACUGGAAUCUUGUUCUCUAGGACACGGAGCGUCUUCUACUCGACUGCGCCUGCUUUCAAGAAUAUCUGAGAACGACGUCUUAUCAACAUGUUCACUUUCGCUGCUCUGAUCAGGCCUCCCCAGUGUCUUAGAAGGUCCCCAUGCCGCCCCGCUCUCAGGCACAACUCUGUUGGCAGAAUUAAGUGUUCCCAAUCUUUGAGAACGACGCUCAGAAGAAAGUAGGGAAGAUGACUUUUAACAGGGUUCUCUUCAGUUUUAACAGCGGUUGCUGCCUGCUGCGCCUGAGAUCCUGCCUGCCUUCUUCAUUCCUUAACUGGCUGAGAAAACCUAGUCAAGACCCCCCACAGGGCAGAAGUUAGAUACAGGCAGCUGGGGUCGAAGCCCCCUGAAGCCUCAGCUGAGAACUUGUCGUGAAAUUGCGCUGACCAGGAAAAUCACACAGCAAGCAAGGGUUGUGGACGGAUGAAAACGACCGAAUUUCCCCUGAAAGGGGUUGGAUGAAGACUGACUACACAUGCUUGAUUGGACUAUUUCACGUGCGGAAGGGCGAUGUAGGAGACCCCCUGUAGCCACUCCUCACUCGUAUUCUUAGAGAGAACUAGGGUAGAGGAAAAAGCGCGCAAGGAGGUCCUCAGGAGCGAAGAGGCAAACAUUGGCUUGACCCUUCGCCGUGGAAGUUAACUGACAACAGGAAGGAAGCUAUUAACCCGGCUCUCCUCUCCUCCUCUCGCUCUGGUGACAGCCAGCAACUCCUCCUCCCAAGCUGAGACCUCGGAGCAAAAAAAAAAAAAAAAAAGCAAAGGAGCGCCUGGCUGCCUCGACUCCGCGCUUCUCUCCCAGGGGAGGAAGAGGGAAGAGAGGAGGGCGCAGCCUGAAGUCAAGUUCAGACAGUUUGUGACUCGAGGCUGAGCGUCCAGAAGAGAUUCCCGGGACUCCAGCAUCCCCCCUUACCCCCCGCUGGCCGCGCAAGGCCGGCGUCCCCUAGACAAGCUUGGGUCACCCCCCUCUCUCCCCAAGUUUGAGCGGCCCGCAGGUGGUGCAAGCGCCCCAGCUCCCCGGCGCCCCCUGCCGGCGAGAGGGAAGGCCGCGGCGGCCGCGGAGCCUCUGGGCACAGCGCAGGGAGAGAGAGCGCUCGAGCGCCGGGAAGAAGCGGAGAGCUUCCCCGAUGGUGCCGCCGCCUCCUCUGAGCCGGGGAGGAGCAGCCAAGGGGCAGCUGGGCAAGAGCCUGGGGCCGCUGCUGCUACUCCUGGCGCUGGGACACACGUGGACCUACCGAGAGGAACCCGAGGACCGCGACAGAGAAGUGUGCUCGGAAAACAAGAUCACCACGACCAAAUAUCCGUGUCUGAAGUCUUCGGGCGAGCUCACCACGUGCUUCAGGAAAAAAUGCUGUAAAGGAUAUAAAUUUGUUCUUGGACAGUGUAUUCCAGAAGAUUAUGACAUCUGUGCCCAAGCCCCCUGCGAACAGCAAUGCACGGAUAACUUCGGCCGAGUUCUGUGCACGUGUUACCCCGGGUACCGAUAUGACCGAGAGAGACACCAAAAGCGGGAGAAGCCGUACUGCCUGGAUAUUGACGAAUGUGCCACCAGCAACACCACCCUGUGUGCGCACAUUUGUAUCAACACCAUGGGCAGCUACCGCUGUGCGUGCCGGGAGGGCUACGUCCUCGAGGACGAUGAAAGGACGUGCACCAGGGGAGACAAAUACCCCAACGACACAGGACAUGAGGAGAAGUCCGAGAAGGAGGUGAAAGCCGGGACUUGCUGCGCCACCUGCAAGGAGUUCUCCCAGAUGAAGCAGACCGUGCUGCAGCUGAAGCAGAAGGUCUCUCUGCUUCCCAACAAUGCCGCUGAACUGGGCAAGAAUGUCAAUGGUGACAAGGUGCUGGCUUCAAACACCUACCUUACAGGGCCUCCUGGCCUGCCUGGGGGGCAGGGCCCACCUGGCUCACCAGGACCCAAGGGCAGCCCUGGAUUUCCCGGUAUGCCAGGCCCUCCUGGACAGCCUGGCCCACGGGGCUCAAUGGGACCUAUGGGACCAUCCCCUGACCUGUCUCACAUUAAGCAAGGCCGGAGGGGCCCUGUGGGCCCACCAGGAGCACCAGGAAGACAUGGCUCCAAGGGGGAGAGAGGAGCACCUGGGCCCCCAGGGUCACCGGGGCCCCCGGGUUCUUUCGACUUCCUGCUGCUGGUGCUGGCUGACAUUCGAAAUGACAUCGCCGAGCUGCAGGACAAGGUAUUCGGGCACCGGACUCACUCUUCUACAGAGGACUUCCCCCUACCUCAGGAAUUUUCCAGCUACCCAGAGACUCUGGACUUUGGGUCCGGAGACGAGUACUCCAGAAGAACUGAAGGGAGGGGCUCUGAGGCCCCGAGAAACUUUUAUCCAUAGCACAUCCUGUAUCUUCGUGCCACCAGAAGAGAAGCAUGCCUUUGGCCAGUCAUAGCAGCUGAAGAAAAAUACCACUGGAGGCCUAAAGCCUUUGUCUUUGCUGUCUUUCUGCCUUGUCCUUGCUCUGCUUCCAGACCCUGUUUUCCAAGUAUCCUGCACAUCAUACUAGCUACAGGAGGACGUGGUGGGUUAAUGUGCUGUUUUGGAAGAGCCAGUGGGUGGUUUUCAUCAGAAUCUUCCUUGACAUCAUGGUUUUUCAAGAGCCUUUGGAUUUCUGAGUUAAUUGCUCCCAUGGAAUCUUAGUGCAAAAAGGGAGAAACUGUCAAAAUGGGUUCUUAUAAGCGUAAGGUUCCUUCUAAAAAGAAACUUGUGUUCGAAAUACUUGACUAUUCAUUCUCAACUGUCAGGAGGAAGGCUCUUCAGUUGGGGAUGGGAGGAGCACCAUGCAGAAUGAUGUUGGUAGAAGAUGAGUUUUCCUUAUGAACCUCACAGAUUUCAAAUUUGCAUACUAUAUAUAUAUAUAUAUAUAUAUAUAUAUAUAUAUAUAUAUAUAUAUUUGGUUGCAGAAACAAGAGAAUAAAAAAGGAUGUGAGAAUGUGUUAGGAGAGAUAAAGAAUUAGCCUUUUAUUUCCUUUUAUGAGGGUUGCCACAAUUUAAAUUUUUAAAUAAUAGUCAAGGAUUCACGCAAAUCCUACUUAGAGACAAAAGUUCCUUUGGUUGUACGGCUUAAUCAUGUUUUCUAAGGGCCUUGGGGUAAUGAAAUGCCCUGUACACUAAAACAGAGAGCUCCUGGUGGCCAGGACGUUUGAAGACUUUGGUUAGAAGAGCUCCAUACAUGUCAGAUGAUUUGAUAAAUAAGGCGCCUGGCCUUAAAGAAGAAGUACCAAAUGCCCUGGCCCUGACCAGGUGGCCAGACGUGCUGUCAGGCCCUCAUCCGUCUGAAUCAAGGCUAAAGGAAAGCUGCUGGCCUGGAAUCUUGGCCAAGGAGAAAAGGAGAAAAGGCUCCACUUAAAGCUAGAUCACCAGCAGCUGACUAAUCUGCUCUAAGACAUUUGAAGUUCUUAUCAGAGCCAGCCUAGCCUACCAGCACGCUUCGAACAAUAAACGGAACACAGGUCUCUGAGAUAGAAGAGGAGGGGGAUUUCUUACAACUUGGCAUAAUUUUCCACUGUUUUUCCCUGAGUUAAAAUCCCUGUUGUUGUAGGUCUCCUUAACCUUUUUCUCCUGUGAGGAAAGCACACAUCCCACAUCUGCCUGAGUCUUUUCUUGGUGUACUUCUAGUUCCCCAGGGACUCAAGUUCCCAGAAGUGAGCAAGAGGCCAGGUUCCUUCUUGGUGUCUUUGGGGUCUCUUGUUCCUUAGUGAGCACCCUUUCCCUGGGCAUGCAACUUGCUCCUUUGCAUUUUUGACUGCCUCAGUCUUUCUCUUGAGCUUCCCAGGGGAUCUUGCUCACAUGAUCGCCCACACCAGGGUCUCUGUUGGCUAUCCCGCAGGGUCCCGUUGUAUUGCUAAGAGGUUUGUGUUUAUCUUUUCCCUAUAUCCUUUUAGACUCCAUCAUCUUCCCAUCCCUACUGUGACAACUUGUUGGAAGAAGACAGAUAUUUGGUUUGCAUGACACUGCACUGCACUGCACUGUCCAUUUUUUCCUGAGCAAUGAGAAGGGGCUCUGUCUUAGGAGCUCAGGAGCCCAGUGGUGUUUCGAUUUCUCCCCUGUUUUGCUCCCCUCAUCCUUCUUUCCUGCCUCUCUUCCCUUCCUUCUCUUUUCUCUCCUUUUUUCUUUUUUUUUUUUUGCCCCUUCUCUGCUUCCUUCUUCCCUUGAUCCCUUUCCCUGCUUCUCUCCCUUUCUGUCUGUUCCCUCCUUUCCUUCCUUCCCUCCCUUCAUCUCUCUCUCCAUUCUCCCUUAAAUUCCCUCUCUUUCUUGCUUUUCCUUCCUUCUUUCCUUUCCUCUCUCCCUCUCUUUCUCCCUGCCUGCCUGUCUUCCUAUCCUGUUAGAAAGGCAGGAUUCCCACCCAGUCUUGCCAAAUCCCCCAGUGGCUAUCCACCAGCAGUUCACAAUGAAGACAAACACACACUUGCCCUGCUUGCUUGCUGUCUCUUCCCCCUUCCCCCUCAGAACCUGAGCAUCACUACAGAUGGCCUUGCCACCACGGGUUCCUGAGGAGACAGAUGCAACCUCAGUCAGGUCCCAUCUGGAAUCUAUUUAGUGCCUGCCUGUUUAUAGAACCCACCACCUAAGGGUGUGGAUGGAUGAAUUCUCAAAACUAUGCAUAGGCUCUGUGAGCAAUGAUUAUGUCCAUCUUUUUAAUGAGGAAUUUUAUAACUACUUUUUAUGUCUACUUUUCCUAGACAGUGAAAUGUGUGUAGAAACAAUCUUUAUUGCCAAAUGCUGGCAAAAUGCAUGCAUACUCCACGCUUGGCUGGAGGCCAAGCCAAUGUAUUAAAAGAAUGAAGUGAAAGUCAUAAUAUCUGGGAUUCACAAGUCUGUUCCAGAUAAUAUCUCCAGGAAAACAUACAAUAGCAAAAUACAAAUACAAAAAACAAAAUAGUGUUUUGUAACCUCAAUCUGCCGGAGCAUUGUCAAUUUAGAUAAUCAUUACUCCUCAGAUUUUCGAAACUUGGACUGUUAACUAACUAUACGACCAAAGUAUGUCUUCUACUUGUCCAAAUUAUAGUUUUUUAGUGAUAAGGCAUUGUUGCUCACAUAUCUUUCAGUUGUGGGUAGAAAAAUCAAAGCUUUACCAUCUAAACAAACUUCUGCUCAAAAUUCCAUGGGAAGGACAGUUCAAAACCGAUUGAGUCACUUCCUGUCUCAUGGGGAAAAUGUUUUGGUUUUUGUAUACCUUCUUCAACCCUUUAGUAGAAAUGUUCAUUUUUCUAAUAUCUUCACAACUAAGACUGGGUUAUAAAUUGCCUCUGCAUUUAUAAAACAAUGAGAAUAAAAAUUCACUGAAAAUAAAGUAAGGAAAACUGAAUUUCCCAGUUCCGGAUUUAUAUUUUCCAGCACCUGAGAAGCAGGGAGAGGCAGGUCAGGAGUUCAGGGUCAGCCUCAGCUACAUAACAAGUUUGAGGCCAGUCUGGGCUAUAUGGGAGCCUAUCUCAAAAUAAUAAUGAUUAUAAUAAUAAUAAAUAAUAAUAAUUAGGAGGGGAUUGGAGAGGUGGCUCAGAAGUUAAGGAUGCUUGCUGCUCUUCCAGAGGUCCAGAGUUCAGUUUCCAGCUCCUGUGUCAGGUAUCUUACACACACUUGUAACCCUAGUUCUAGGUGAUCUGAUGCUGUCUUCUGGCUUCCAUGGCACCUGUGCUCAUAUGCGCACACACACACACACACACAGAGAGAGAGAGAAAGAUACACAGAUACACAUACACAUGAUUUAAAACAAAAUGUUUUUUAAAGGAGUGGGUACAAGGCAGAUGCUUCCUUUUCUUGCUUUCUGUAUUACUUUCCAGUACUUGCUACAGAAUUAACUGAAGUCAUAUUGCUGUGUAAAGUCCUUUGUCCGACAGGUAAAUAAUAAGCAUCCACUGACCUUGGAGGGAAAAGAGUAGUGCCCUCACCAAAGACCAGAUACAGAGCACCCAGGUAGACCCAGGUUCCCUUUCCAAGGUUCUGAACAACCUUGGCCUUGAGAGUGUCACUAUCAGGAUGUUGGGAUAGGGCUUCUUCAUGACCAGGCAUCAUACUUCACCUUGAGGUCUCAGGAAGCAACCCCCUGUCUUAUUUGGAGCACCAUUUUUCUCCUUUUGCCUUAUUCAGACCGCCUCACAGAGACAGUUGAGCAGCCGCCUUCUGAGAACAAAAUUAUCUUCUAGGCAACUGUUCUAAAAGAGAAAGUUAUUUGCUGGGAUCUGAGCCAAACAAUUAGUAGAAUCGAGCCUUCUAAAGUUCUUAGUCAUGCAUUCAGGGAAAUGCAUGGGUCGUUUCCUGACAUAGUAAUCAUGUGUGUUUCACAACAUGUCAAAAAUAAUUUUCUAUUUGGAUUAAAAAGCAAACAAACCAAGGGCUGUAAUUGUUGCAGCUGAAACAGCAUGCUUUAUAUACUCCUACAAAUGUUACCAUCGUAGAGAAACCAUGGAAUAGGAUGUUUGGGCUACCCAUCCUUCAGGGAGCUCAGUAUGUUUUGUCCAGUUCCCAGAGCUUGUUCCCUGAGGGGUUCACUUGUCUGUUUUUAUUUCCCGGUGACUGGUCAUAUACUUCAGUAUCUCUGCUCAUUAUUUAUAUCAAGUCAUAUAAAAGUCAAGCUGAUAUUCCAACAGUCAUGGAUGUAAUACUAUGAAGUGCUUUUGUAUGACUGUAUAUGCUUAAUAACAAAGUUAUUUUUCUUA